AAAAAAAUGGCCGCCACAAUUAACUUUUUCUGGACAGUGUUAGGAUCUUGUUACAGCUCUUGUCGCGCUAAGGCAUAAACCUGGGAGGAAGCAUAUGUGUGAAGGAAAGAAUGUUUGCAGGAUUAUUUAUAUGAGUGAUACUCUUAUGAUAAAAGAUGUGGCGCAGAAGAAAGCUUGGAAAGAAAUUACACCUGGGAUUGGAAGAGUUAAGGGUACAGCGAAGAGAACGAGAAACAGCCCUAAGGAAAGCACGAAGAGAACAGCAGCUGAUAAGCAAAAGGUUACUGCGCGAUCACCCUGAUGACGAAGAAUUUCUGGAAGAAAAUCUGCAGCACCAACUCCUCUCUGAGCAGCAGGUUUUACAUCUGAUUAGAGAUAUCCAGCAUGGGUCCGCAGACAAGUUAAAGUCUCUAACUGAUCUUCGUCAUGGACUCGGAAAGAAAGACACACAGCUCUCGUUUAUCAGGGUAGAAGGCAGCAUGCGAGUUUUGAUUGGAUUGUUCACAUGUCAGUCUGACAAAAUUCAGAUGGAGGCAGCCAGGUGUCUACAUGAACUGUCUCACUCAGAUGACCCAGCUGUGUCUAAAGCGUGCCUGCCAGUUACCUCCUACCUUCUGACGUACUUAUCCGGAAGCAAUGCAGAGCUCACGGAGCUAUGUUUAUAUACCUUGGGUAACCUUAUUGUGGAAAGUGAGGCAGCAAGACACCAGUUACUGUUACAAGGAAUUAUUCCUGCCUUUGCGGUGUGCAUACAGUCUCCUCAUAUGACAGUAUUGGAAGCCACUGGAUAUGCACUUUCUCAGUUAUUGCAAGCAAAGGAAGCUCAUCAGAAUAUAGUUCCAUUUGUUCUAGAGGCUGGUCUAACCCGGGACAUACUAAGACUGUUUGUUUCUGAUUCCGAAGACGGUUUUGGAAUGAUGAUUGAAUUUGCCUGGUGUCUUCAUUACGUUGUCAGCAGCCAGGUAAACAAUGCACUGCUGAUUUCACAAGAUGUCGUGUCCAAACUGGUACACUUGCUGACAAAACUAGCUGGAUUUCUUACAAACACCAAUUUUCCUGGUUCGGAGCUGUUGGUUUGCCCCUUAGUACGUUGCUUGGGAAACCUGCUAGCUGAAGUUGAUGCUGCAGGCAACAAAGUUUUGAAUCAAGAAGAUGGCCGCCUGCUUGUGGCUUUGUUUGUCUUCAUUCAGCAGUUUCAGAAAGAGCAUCUCUUUGUGGUUCGGGAAUGCCUCUGGACACUGAAUAACAUGACAGUAAAAGAUCCUACCAUAUGCUCUGCAGUGCUAAACUUUAACUUGGUACCAGUUAUGCUGCAGUUAUUGGGCCACUCAAAGGACAUCAAUCUUCUGGUUCUCACAGUAUUAUGUAACAUUGCUGACCUUGGGCCUGUCUACUGCCAAUGUCUUCAUGAGAAUGCGAUUCUCUCCAGGGUGAUCCCAUUACUUGAGACAUCUGAUGUUCAGGUGACACUUUGCUGCUUGGAUCUAAUAAUCAUCCUCCUGCAUUACUGUCCACAGAUGGCAAAAGACCCCCAAAUGCUUUCUGGAUUACAAAUUCUAGAACCCUAUAAAGAUCAUCCAGAAGCUAAACAACAUAUACAAGCAGUCUGGAACUACUGCAGUUCAGUGAUCAAAGAACACAGUACAGAAGGAAAUAAAGCUGUGGAAUAAACCGGAACACAAGGAGGGGACUUUAGAAUUUUUUAUUGUCAUUUGUUCAAGAAGUGUUUAUAUUUUUCUAAUAAAGUUAAAUAUGGUUUAA